AUGCCGAGAAGACGUGGUGAAUACUCGCUAAGUAAAUCUGUGUCCUAUGGUAUUCUUCCUGGACUGUUUCCUGUACAUAGGGUAAAAUCGAAGAAAUCGUCAAAAUUUAAAGGACUCACACGUCUGAAUCAUACAAUAAAUAAUGUUGAAGAAUUUAGAGUAUUGUCUGGGGAAGACAUAGCUACAGCACCAGUUCCAAAUUCGUAUCAUUACAGUAGUAUCAGUAAUAACAGUACACCGGUAAAGGAACGUCGUAAAAGCGUACUGUUCCGAGACUUAUUCUAUCGUAAGUCGAAAGGUUAUGAUAGCAGUCAUCGUCGUUCAUCGCAGAAUUCUGAAACGUCGUCGAUCUGUAAUACGCGCAGCUGUAAUAGCGAGUGCGGUGAAAUUGUACGUACACCAAAAAUUGAAGAAACAUUAUGCUUCUUUGCUGAAUUGGAUUCGUCAUUCCGAACACCACGGAAGGGUCCCUUCGAUAAAGUACGGUUGCGUACACCUUUGUCGUUACGACGACAAACGAAGCAGCCACCGGUUAAAGUGCUGUCGUUUGUUAGUUUUGAUUCUGAGAAUCACCAGCAUCAACAAACACCGCAUUCAAGCUGUUCAAAAUCUCGUGUUUUACCCACUGACUUCUUCAGUACUGGAUGGGUUCUUCUGUUCAGUUUAGAAGACGUGGAGGCAGAAAUACAGAAGAAACAGCUAAAAGAAAUUCUGGCCUUUUUUGACUAG